UCUGUUGUUUAAGAUGACGCACGAGAAGAGGUUUCAAGGCAUUCCCAUGUCAAAGUCAAUGAGAGGUUUGUGUAAAGAGGAGGACUAUGCAUUUCUGAGAACAUCGGAAAGGACAGAAGGAGCGGCGGCUUUAGGGAACGACUGGAGAGACAGGAAAGAAGAGAGGGUCCGCAGGCGAUUAGAGCAGGAGCAGCAGGAAAAAAAACGACUCAGAGAAAUAGAGGAGAGCAAGAAGGAGAAAGAGCAGCUGUGGCGCACUCAUGUAGCAGAGCUGACCUCCAGCCAGGAGAAGACUCUGCAAGACAGACUGGCAAGGCUGCGCAGAUUCAGGGAGUUCCAGAAGAAGGUGAUGGAAGAGGAGUCUGGAGAGGAGGGUGCACCAAGCAGCCAGGCAGUCAAUCAACUCCUCACAAGGAUGUAGAUGCAUUAAAGGAUAAUCAAGAAGAAGGCUGACCGCUGCUUUAGUGGCCAGAACAUAGCAUUCUAAUGCAAAUAUAAAUUUAACAGUCACAUACUGAAUGAACUACUUUAAUCUUUUAAAGUUAGUUAUUGUAUCUGACAGUGCUUCUUGGGGAUUAUACCAGAGAUUGCUGUUCUUUUCCUCAAGUGUUUCAAAAAUCUUGAUACACUGUAACAAAGAACUGGUUACAUUGUGA